AUGCAGCAUUGCCCAGGGAAAUGGCACAAAGCACCCGAUGCUUUAUCACGCAAUCCCACAGCCUUGGAAAUAACAGAUACGAAAAAUGCAGUGAUGGACAUAGCACGAAAUGACCCAUCAUCUGAUGAAGUAACAACAACAGAGCAGUGCGAAGCUCGUGUUCACGCAAUUCAACAAUCUGUCAUCAACUCAAUAAAUGAUGACGAUGCGCUUGUGACCCUGGAUCACAUUAGAAGCCAUGGAAAGUCUGACAAAAGCUACAACAUACUCAUCAAAACAAUUGAGAAUGGAUUCCCUAACACAAGACAUGGGACACCGCCUGAAAUCCGGGAUUAUUGGGGUGUGAGAGAUCGCCUAUCAACUAAAGACAAUGUAAUACUAAUGGACUCUCGCAUAGUUAUUCCCACUCCCCUUCGCAAGACCAUACUGAGGUCACUACACUCUGCGCAUCAAGGGAUCACAGGCAUGAAAGCAAGAGCAAACCAAUCAGUCUAUUGGCCGGGCAUGAACGCCAUGAUCCGAAACUUUCGAUUUGGAUGCCUCACAUGCACGAAAUACGCUCCAUCUCAAACUAAAGAGCCAAUGAUAUCGAGCCCGGCGCCACAGUAUCCCUUUCAACACAUAUGCGCCGACUACUUUGUACUGGGGAACCACUGCUACCUAUCUGUUGUAGACAGAUUCAGUGGUUGGAUCAGUAUUUUUCAUUACCCACCACAUCGAUCAAUCACUAAAGAGCUCAUCAACUCAUGUCGUGGGUUAUUCACAUCCUAUGGAGCACCAGAAGAAUUUGACUCAGACGGUGGACCUCAAUUCACCUCAUCCGAAUUCCAGAACUUUUUAACUGAUUGGGGAAUAAAGCAUCGAAAGUCCUCAGCAUCUUACCCACAAUCUAAUGGACGGGCAGAGCUCGGAGUUAAAACUGCCAAGAGGAUCAUUCGUGAUAGCACAUCACCUGACGGUUCUCUGAAUAAUAAUAAGGCAGCACAGGCAAUCCUACAAUACAGGAACACUCCUCUGCAAAACAUUGAUCUCAGCCCAGCUCAGAUACUUCUGCAUAGACAACUGCGGGAUCACGUUCCUACAAAUCCACAGCAUUACGGUCCCCAUCCACAAUGGAUUAUAUCUGCAGGGGAACGUGAGCAGAAACUAGCUAACCGCCAUCACAUCAUUAUCGACAAAUAUAACAACACAUCGAGACAACUCCCUCCACUGUCAGUUGGGACAACAGUCGUUAUACAAUCACAAGUCCCAAACAAGCCACGACACUGGAACAGGACUGGUCGAAUUGUAGAAAUCCUACCUUACAGACAAUACAAAAUCAGAGUAGAUGGCUCGGGAAGAGUGACUAUACAAACAGACGAUUUAUACGACCUUGCAUCAUCAUUCAACCUCCGCCGAUCAUGCCAUUCUCACCAACAAUUCCCCCCAGCGGAGAGAGAGAUGAAGACAUUGGAAACUCUGGGAGUCAUAAUGCAGGAACUACUCAAGACACUCCGGUGGAAAUACAACCAAGUCAUCAUGUGA